AUGAUUAGUGGCAAGCAUAGCUCAUUUACCACCAAUUUCCGCUGCUUUAGCAUAGUGUGGCUCAUCCAACUUGCGAUUAUAUCUGGAAAGCCCAAAGAUCUUGACUCUUUCUUAUUGGCUAUUAUAGACGAAAUAAGUAGCUUAGAAAAACAUGGGUUGAUCAUCAAAAAGUUCAAUGGCAAGCAGAUUAAAGCUAAAGUUCACAUGGUCAUGACCUCUGGUGAUAUUCCUCAAGUUACCCAAUUUUGUCACCACACAGGUCACAUGUCCAACAAAGGUUGCCGGAUAUGCGAGGUAGAAGGCGUCAGCCCUCCCCAUGGUAAAGGGAAAUACUACCAGGACCGUAAUGUCACUUUGAGAACAAUAAACGACUUUGUUAGAGAUAAAACAGCCACCAGUAUUAAAGAGGCAAACAUUUUUGCUAAAUUGCCUACCUUUAGUAGAUUAUGCUUCUAUGGACUUGAUGAGAUGCAUUUAAUUGGCCAUAAAAUAAACAAACUUGUCUACAAACUAGUUAGAGAAGGCGUAAGAGCAAUUGAAUACAUUGAUUUCCUUUUGUAUGUUGUUCCCACUCUGCUGGUUUCUCUGUUUACAAGACAAACAACUCAAAAGGCACUCUUGGCUCUGGUAAAAGGUUGCUCUAUAUGCUUGCAGUGGAAUUUAAAUGAGAAUCUGAUUGUGGAAAUAGAAAACAAUUUCAACAUUUGGCAUCAGUUUCUGGAUUCUGAGAUUACAAAAAAAAAUCUAUCAGUCAGAGUCUUCUCUCCCAUAAACCAUUAUAUUAUCUAUAUUAAUCUUAUCACAAGAAAGAUAGAUAAUUUAAGGGUGUACAGUACCAGAUCCAUGGAACAAACAAUUGAUAGAUAUUCUAAGUUGAUCAAAAAUUUUGAUGAAUUGCAAACUGAUCCACAAUAUACCAUGAACACAAUCCAGAUAGCAGCGCGUGCCUUAAUUGGUAGCCCUGUAUAUAGUUUGGAGAUAAACAAAAGAAAGAGAUCAAAAUUCUCUCGAGGCAAUCAAUAUAUAAAAUUUCAUGUCAUAUACCAAAACAAAACCCACUGGUUUAUUGUGUCUGUUGUUUUUUAUUACUCACACAACAUCUCACAUCAUGAUGAAAACAGCAGGCAGUUUCUCAUGUUGGUAAGUGUUAUGAAUGAUCACUCAGCUGCCUACUAUGACAAUUACAUUCCAGUUGUAACUCUAGAAGCAACUUCAAUAUACCAAAGAUUAGUAGUAAUUAGUCUAAAUGAUAUCCAAAAUCAAGUCGGCUUAGUUCAAACCACUAUGGACUCGAAGAAAUAUAAAGUAGUUGCUCCAUAUUAUAUAUUUAAUGAAGAUAUAAAAAGUACUGCUGAAAAAUUAAGCCAUAUCAAACUGUAA